ACUUCAGAAACAAACGGUAUUAAACGCGAAUUCACCUACUGUACUGGGAAGUAAACAACUGCAGUCAUCACAGCAGGUUUGUCUCUGUGGGGAAAGAAGUGCACUAUUUAGAGAGGUUGGUGGGAGAAGUACCUGUGAACUUUGCAAAUUUUUUUGAGAAAUGAAGCAAAAUUGCAAUGUACCCGCGUUUUUAAGCAAGUUAUGGACCUUGGUGGAAGAUCCAGGGACAGAUGAUCUAAUCUCCUGGAGUCGAAAUGGCACCUGCUUUCAGGUGUCUAAUGAGAGACGUUUUGCCAAGGAAAUCCUCCCCAUGUACUUCAAACACAACAACAUGGCAAGCUUUGUCAGGCAGCUGAACAUGUAUGGUUUUCAUAAGGUGGUUCACAUAGGGGUAGGUCUGCCUCGAGAUUUGGAUGAUAUAAUUGAGUUUCAGCACCCACGGUUCAGACAAGGAGAACCUCAGUUACUGGACCACAUCAAGAGGAAGGUUUCUGUGAGCCGAGUGGACGACUUUAAACUGAGACAGCAAGAAGUAUUAAAACUCUUGUCAGAUAUUCACCAGAUGAAGGGAAAAAAUGACUUGGCUGACAGCAAAAUUCUAACUAUUAAAAGAGAAAAUGAGGCACUGUGGAAGGAGAUAUCAUCCCUGAAACAGAAGCAGCUUCAGCAACACAAAGUUAUCCGGAAGAUCCUUCACUUCAUUGCCACGAUGGUUCAGUCAAACAGUGUAGCUGGAAUCAAGAGAAAAAUGCCUCUGAUGAUUGGUACUUCUGGUAUGGCUCCUUCCUACCCAAAGUAUAGUCGGCCCAUCACUAUGGACAGCAGUCAGGAUGGUGCGGCUGUUCACGGUAUUCCAAAAUGUGAAACCUGUGAGAAAGGCAGUGUUUAUCCAGGAGGUGUUAUCAUCUCCGAGAUCACACAUCUGAUUGGGAGUCCCAGUCUGCCUGGCGAAGAGCAAAGUUUUGUGACUGGAAAGCUGAAUUCUGAUGAGACAUUGUUCAACACAGACACAGACAAUGUAGUUGCCACUUCAAGCACAGCAUCCUCACCGUUUGCAUCACACAAUCUGUAUGAUGAUCUUCUGGAUGAAAACUGCCAAACGGCUGCUGAAGAAAGUUCUGACCAGAAUGAAAUAAUUGAUCAUUUGGAUAUGAUUGACAACAGUUUGGCUCAAAUACAUUCCUCGCUCAGCAACACACGUUUAAACACAAAUUUGGAUUUACUGAAAGACCUGUUCAACCCAUCAACUGGAGGAUUAAUAACAUCAUAUCCUGAAGUAGGACCAGAUACCAUCAAGAAGGUGAAUGGGCAAAAAUGCACAAGUGUACAAGAGGAGCAAGAUUACACAGACUUACAGACUGAACGAGAUACCUGAGACAAUAAAGAUCAGAUGACAAGACAGGAUUCCUGACACCAAAGUUUUUUUUUAAAAAAUCAAAAACGCUGGUGUGCCAAUCAUGGAUGCUUUGAUUAUGAAGGCACAGUGGUGAUGGUCAGGUCAUUUGAUGUGAAUGUCUGAUGAACAUUUCCUGAAGAAGAUCUUUUUUAUAGUGCAAUGGCAGCAGAGAAACUAUCUUGUGAUGAACAAAGGAGAGAUUGUAUAAAAUAAUUCUGAAACAGGUGUCGAGUGCUGUACAUAAAUGGGAACAAAUUGAUCAAGAAAGCAAAGUAUGGUGAAAAAGCACCCAGGAACAUAUCUCCAUGACUGAGGCCUGUGACAUUGCUGAUGCUUAAAUCCCAAAUGAGGAAAGUUUACUUGAGCAAUUGAUCUUCCCAACUUGGUGUGUCUGAGAUUCAUGCUUUAUUUAUAAAUGCUCAUUCUACAAUAGGUUUUGUGAGUCAACAAAGCAUUUAAUGUUUUCACAUGCAGGAACAUGGGCACCUUUCCCUUCUUUAGACCAAAAAAAAGUCCUUCUGUUCCCUAGAAAUCAAACAUGAAAGUGAGAUCCUCAGCUCUUUAAAUGCCUGCAGGACCAAUUGGCAUAACAAGGUGUCCUUCUAACUUCACAGAUACAUCAAGGAUCCUAUGUUUUUCCUGUCCAGGCCCAGGAUUUUAAAGAGCUAUAGUUGAGCUGUCCCUAUAUUAAUGGCACACAGUAGAUUUAUUAUCCAUAAUGUAAAUUGACUGCACAAUGUGUAAUAGAUACUCCUUAUGUAGCUCAGCAAUGGAAUAAUUUACCAACACUGCAUUUAAAGAUAGAAAAAGAAGAUUUUGUAUAUUUUUUUCAAUUCCCUCUUAAAAUUUUAGUCCUGUCUGACUUUGUGGCUGUUGGCUAGGAGAAGCAAGAAUACUUAAGGAAAUAACUAGCUUAAACUGGCACCUGUCAAUAGUGUUCACCUGAUACAAAUCCAAAGAAAUAUUGGCUUGAACCUGCCAUUCUGAAACUCUCUUAUUUUUAUUUGUAUAUGUUCUGCUUUGCGGUGAUGCCCCUAAAAUGAAAUUGUGACUUUACAAGUUUGCUG